UCUUUCUCUCUCUGUCCAGCACUCCGGUCAUUAUCUCCCCUUGUCCACAUACAACAACAAUCCCCAGUCUCCCCUUCUACCUCCCAGUCUCCCACCCCUGUUUCAAAUUCCACCAAAAUCUCUCUAAACAAACACAAAACAAAAUGACUCAACCGCCCCAUCAUGCCACGCUCCUCCUAACACUCCUCCUCCUCGCAAUUUCCCUCACAAAUUCCACCGCCAAGCCAUUCAAAUGCACAGCCUCAACCGCCCCAUCAUGCCAAGCUCUAAUAGACUACACCCCCCCAAACUCCACAACACUCUCCUCCAUCAAAACCCUCUUCUCCAUCAAACACCUCCACACUCUCCUCGGCGCCAACAAUCUCCCCGUCUCAACCUCGCCAAAUCGCACCAUCUCCGCCCAGCAAAUCGUCAAAAUCCCCUUCCCAUGCAUGUGCGCCAACGGGACCGGCAUCUCCGACAAGACGCCGGUCUACGUGGUCAAACCAGGGGACGGGCUUGAUUAUAUUGCUCGAACUAUAUUUUCUGCACUGGUUACGUACCAAGAAAUUGCGGCGGUGAAUGGCAUACCGGACCCGGAUAAAAUAGACGUCGGACAGGAGGUGAAGAUUCCGCUGCCGUGUAGCUGCGAUGAGGUGGCGGGGGAGAGAGUGGUGCAUUAUGGGCAUGUUGUUGCGAGUGGGAGUACGUUGGAGCUGAUUGCGGCGGAGUAUGGGACGAGUAAGAGUAUAAUUAUGAGCGUUAAUGAGGGUGUUAAUGAUACUUCUCUCUUAGCUGGUCAAGUUCUUGAUGUUCCUCUUCAAGCUUGCAAUUCAUCGAUAAACACCGACUCCAUGGAUUACCCUUUACUUGUUCCUAACGCUACUUACGUCUUCACUGCGAAUAACUGCAUUAGAUGCCAAUGUAACUCCGCGAACAACAUGACAUUACAAUGCGAGCCAUCUGGGAUGACACCAUCCAAUUCGACUUGGUCUACUUGUCCUUCCGCACAAUGCGAUAAAUUAUCCCUUACCAACACAACAACUGAUGGCUGCAACACCACAACUUGUGCCUAUUCUGGCUUCAAUAGUCGAACUAUCUUAACCACUCUUGCCACUGCAUCAACUUGUCCCGUCAAUGCUCCAGGUCCUGGAAACUAUGGUUCAAGCAUUGGGUUGAGUUGGAAAUUCCUAUUCAUGUGUCUGCACCUGAUUUUUCUUUGUGUAAAUCCUCUCUAGUAAUUUAUUUUACCUGUGAAUCUUUGUGAGUGUUAUUUUUUUGUUGGUAUUAUGAGCAUGUAAAACGAACGAUUUAAUAGUCUCCAUAGUUGAAGGAUUUUGUUUUA